AUGUCUCCCCGCACUGUUGUUGUUAUUGGCGCCACCGGCUCGCAGGGCGGUUCCGUCGCCAGGGAACUCCUCAAGCACCCAGAACGCUACAGCGUCCGGGCUGUGACACGCGACCCCAGCAAGCCCGCAGCUCGGGAGCUGGCCGCCCUGGGAGCAGAGAUUCGAGCCGCCGAUCUGAGCGACGGGGCCGAGGUGCUCGCCGCUGUGUUCGCCGGCGCCGAGGCGAUCUUCGCCUUGACGGACUUCUGGGCAACCCAGUCCACCGAGGCCGAGGUUGCGCAAGGCCGGGCGAUCGUGGACGCCGCGGCCCGCACGUCGACCCUGGGCCACUUCGUCUGGAGCGCCCUGCCCGACCCCGAGCAGCUCUCGGGCGGAGAACUCCUGCACAUCCACCACUGGAAGGGCAAGAGUCGGGUCACCGACUAUAUCCAGCAGCAGUAUCCGGCCCUGUGGGCCGUGACCACCACCGUGCUCUUCCCCAACUACUUCGAGAAUUGCCUGACGCACCCCGACCGGUACCUGUCCAAGCCUGAUACGCACGGAGUGUAUAACAUGAGCUUCCCGCAUAGCCCGUCCACCGUCAUGCCGAACGUGUCGAUCCGGGAUACCGGGAAGCUGGUGCAGCGGGUCCUCGAGUCUGGCUCCACGUACUUCACCAAGACGAUUGCCUUCUAUGCGCAAGCUCUGGCGGAAGCCGACAAGCUGGCUGCCAUCGGUCAAAAGUAUAACCUCCCAACCAAGUAUCACACCUUGAACCCGGAUGACUAUCAGCGACUCCUCGAGACGCGGGACGGCAUGUCUCCCGAGAUUGCGCUGGACUUCACCGAGCAGCUGCUCAUGUUCGAGAAGUUCGGCAACGUGUACGACACACCGGCGUUUGUGCAGGCUAAAGAGAUCCCCGGAUUGGAGCUUCAAACCUGGGCCAAAUUCAUGGCAGAGAAUGAUCUUCUUGUCUACAUGAAGAAGUCUUGAGGGGUUUUUG